GCGUGUGCGCGCAGGGAUGGAGGGUGGAGGCUCCUCGUGCGCUCUGAGCGCACACACGCAGCUCUGCGCCCACCGCGACAGUUAGUGACAUGAAACGUAGUGAGAGGAGGACUACACGGCGCUGGUGAAAACCCACUGAGUGGACGCUGGUCUGCUGACUUGUCACUGAUUGGAUCUCACCAACGUCUGGUGUCUCACAUGCCUUAACACUACAAUGGAGCUCAUCCAGGCCACCCAGGUUUCUUUGCUGCCUCAGGAAGCUUCUACAGCUAUGUGGAGUAACAACUCUGUUCCGCCCUACUCCCAUUUCCUGCUUCUCUCCACUCCCUCUGAACCGAUUCUCAGUUUCAACCCAGCCAAUGGUUCUUUACUCUUUAACACCACUUGCCCAAACUGCACUAAAACUAAACCUAGAUCCCUCCCUGGUCUGGCUGGAAUCUUUAUCCCUCUUAUUUAUGGGAUAGUCUGUAUUGUUGGUUUGGUGGGGAACACUCUGGUUAUCCAUGUUGUCGUCAACUACACUAAGAAUGAGUCAGUCACAAACAUCUACAUCCUCAAUCUAGCCAUUGCAGAUGAGCUUUUUAUGCUAGGUCUGCCCUUCUUGGCAGUGCAGAACGCUUUGCUGUCGUGGCCCUUUGGAUCUCUAAUGUGCCGUGUGGUCAUGACAGUGGACGCUAUCAACCAGUUUACCAGCAUCUUCUGUCUGACUGUGAUGUCAGUGGACCGAUACUUGGCAGUGGUGCACCCCAUCCGGUCCUCUUGGUGGCGGCGCCCCCGUGUGGCCAAGGCUAUCAGUGCCACAGUUUGGGCAGGGUCCUUUGUGGUGGUGCUGCCAGUGGUGGUGUUUGCAGAUGUGCUGAAGGAUGAUGGAAACUGCAGCAUUGUGUGGCCUGAACCAGCAGAAGUGUGGAAGACUUCUUUUAUUGUGUACACAUGCACUGUUGGCUUCUUCUGCCCCCUGCUGGUCAUCUGCCUGUGCUACCUGCUCAUUGUCGUCAAGGUGCGAAGUGUUGGGAAACGGGCGCAGGCCACAUCAUCCAGACGCAGGAAGUCCGAGCGUAAAAUCACCAGGAUGGUGGUGGUUGUUGUGGCCGUGUUUGUCUUCUGCUGGCUACCGUUCUAUGCUCUCAACAUCCUCAACCUCCUCGUGGUCCUGCCUGGAGACUUCAGGGGACUGUACUUUUUUGUUGUCGUGCUUUCAUACGCGAACAGCUGUGCCAACCCCAUACUGUACGGAUUUCUGUCUGACAACUUCAAGAGGGGCUUCAGGAAGGCCCUGUGCCGCACUUCACGCAGGGUGAAAAGCAACGACAGGGCCGGCACUGAGGUGCAGCGACCCACAGAGGAGUGGGGCGGCAUUGUGCUCCAACCACAAAAAAGUGAGGGAGCCACCAGUGUGCACAGGAAAAACUCUGGUGAGGAAGAGGAGGAAAUCAUUGAAACAGAAGGGGCCAUGCAGCUGGGAGAAAUAUGUAAAACGUCACACAAUGCAAACCAAAAUGGAGUAAAAGAGGCCUCGAGGACCCAGGUGGUGCAGAGGGGGAAGUCUGAGCUGGGUACUGGCUCUGACGAGUUCUUGGAUCAAAACUCUGUGCUCGAUAUCAGCUACCUGUAAGAGAAUGUCUGCAGUGGAUGACGCUACCUGCUUCUUAUGAGGAGUGACUACAUCACAAUGUGCAAGUCUUUGAAGUUGAUGCGUGUCAUGUAACAGUCUGCCAAUAUCAAUGCAAGUCACUUUGCAAUCGUUUGAGUGUGUAAAAACAAUUUAACUUUGACACAGCAUAAAAGCAGGCACCAUUUUAACCACGUUGAACUGAACUCAAAGGAAAGCUGACAGAAAGCAAGAACACAUAAAAAAAAAACACUACACCUGGAAAGUGGCUGAAUGCAGUUAUUGUCAGAAACAGUGUUUUUAGUCUCAGUUUGUCACCCUCAGUCUUGAGAAUGAGAAUGUUCUGCUAGCCAUGGUUCCUUAAAAUUGUCAGAAGCCUAGAUUUGACACCAGAAAGGCUAUCAGAGACUUAUGUCCCCAUGUAAAUUUUGGUGAUUAGGGCUUCAACCACUGCACAGGGCUCCAGAUUUCAAACAAGUGCGAAUGUAUGAUGAUAAUGAAAAACUUUUGCUAUGUCUCUUCCUGGCACGGAUAGCUACUGUGUUAGUCAUAGUGGUGGGAAGUAGUACUUUUAUUUUCAGUCCCUUCCUGAUGCAUAAAACAAGCUAUUAAGCUAUUGUUCGUGCCAUAGAUAAAGCGGUGUGUAGCUGCUCACUUAAAAAAAAAAAAAAUCAGGCGUAACCAGCUGACAAAGUUGGUCACACCAGUGGAGGCCUGCUUUAUCAUCAGUGUUGCUUUAAUAUCUUGUACUUAAAUUGCUAAUGCACUGUAUGAACCACGUCCCAGUGGGAGAUAACAUGACUAAUGACUAUUGUGAAAUGAAAAAUGUCAGCUGUGUUUGCUUGUGAAUUUGGAGAACAGAACACAAAGGUAGUUGGUUUUCACAAACACACUUUUAUGCAGCAGCAGCUACAAAUGUCUGAACAUACGCACAUUUCACUCAUUGCUGUAGGUCAAAGUGAUGCUUUCCUCCUUUUAAAGCUCCUGUCUAGACAUUGAAUAAACCCCUAAAAACUCAACUCUAAAAUUACAUAGUAGGAAGUGUCCUUUACAUCAAAAUAAUCUUUUCCUGUCUCCAAACAGUUUAGAUGUAACUUCACUGUUGCUUGAUUUACAAUGUGUAGAUCUAUUAAGUCCCCACUUCUUUCUCCCCCACUGAGCUUGACCACACCAGCUCACACAUAGUUAUGCUCAAACACUGUUACACUAUGACAAGCUGUAAUAUUGAGUAAUCCAGCUGUACAUGUUUGAAUUGGAAAACAAUUCCAAGACUCAUGACACAGAAAGCUCUAAUCCAAGGACUGGUUCUCCUCUGGUUUGUUGUAUGCAAAACCCCAUCUGUCUGAAUCUGUGUUUUUGAGACCGCCAUCAGUACACUGCAGUUUCACAAAGGAAAGUGAUGUCGUUGGCUGCUUAUUUCACUUCUGAUCUGUCUUGUAGUGCACAAAAAAAUGCAGGGUUAACAAGGUUCAAAAGUUGAUUUCCACCAGUGGAAGUCUUUAAAAUUAACCAAUAACUGCUUGCUUUGGCUCAUACCUGUGACAAAUGUGCAAUAAUACUUUUUAAAUAGGUAUACCUUAGUUAAAGUCUCUGUUUCCUCUGCGAGUUUCUUUCUGUUUUAAAUGUUUAGUGAGUCUGGACUGGAUUUGAAAAAGUAUGUUGGCUUCUCUAAAUUUUCCCCUAAUUUUCUAUCAAAUAAUUUACAUCCUCACACAUAUUAAACGGAACAUCAGAUAAUGAGAAGAAUUUAAAUAGAAUAUUUAAAGACUGAGACACCGUAAAUAAUUACUUUUUCUGCAUUAAUAGUUUUUUUAAGCAGAGAAGAAAAUUCACUACUUUUUAGCAGAUAUUUUCUUGUAGUAUUCCCUGCUUUAGGUGUAGUGAGACAACAUGAUGGUACAGGCAAUGUAAAGAAACUAGAUAAUGGUAAAAUUAGUAAAGGUGUGUUGUAAUGUAUUGUAAAGUCUAUAUUUCCUGUAUUUAAGGCUUAUAGAUUUAGGUCAAACCCCUGAUUGCCAAGCUAUAUUGCAAGAUCACCUUGCUCUUUUUGUUUUUUUCUCAGUAUUACGACGUUGUAUUAUCAGCCAUGUUGUCAGAGCUUUGGUGAAGUACUAAAGCCAAGUGUAAUGUGGUGGCAGUGGGCUAAAUAAAUGUUUACAAGUGAUAUUGGUAAGUACUUCAAAGUGAAAUAAAACCUAGUGUUGUAUGCAAUCAUGUCAGUUGAACUACUGCAUAAUACUCAAGUAUGUAAUGUGUACAUGAAUGUAACCGUUGUCACAUGUUCACUAAGAAAUACUUGAAACCAAUGAAAAACACUCUUCCGGCUUCUUUCAAACGACCGCCUUUCCUAAAGAAAUAAGCAGACAGUGGUGUUCAUCUUGAAAAUGACAGACCAACGCUGCCCUCUAGAGGUAAAAACACUGCAGGCUGAGAUCACGGCAAAAAGUGGAUGUUAGAAAAUGUGUUUUUAUUAAUUUUUUUUAAAAAAGUCACAAUGGGGAACCUUGUACUAGCCAGCUUUUAUGCAGUUACUAAUGAUACAGAUUUGGAUGGCAGCGUUCAGAAUAAGUCUAACGUGUUGAAACACUGGGGGUGUUGUAAAAAAUUUUAUUUCACAUUAUUUUCAGAUGCAGUUUUACAUCUAUCUGUUAAUUCUUCCACUCAUCUGUCAGUCCAUCCUUACUCAGGUACAACGUCUCCUAUCCAUUUCAGGUAGGGCGGGUUGCCCUGGUCAAUAGGCAGGCUGAUGACUUCAGCCACCUCGUAAGGAUGGUUAGAGCUAGAGAGGACAAUAGCAGUUAUGAGUCAACCCAGUACAGACUCAACUCAGACUCCUCGACUGCAUUAAUGACAGCCAGAAAGGGGUUCAGUAUAAUGUCAUUAAGUUGAAGUAAGGUUUAUUUUGGCCUGAGAUUAAAAUGAAACUUACCGGACAUACUCGGCAAGAGCAGGCACCUUGGAACUUCUUGUUUUGAUCAUCUAGAUGAGGAGAGAAUUCAUCAGACACUUGAUGAUUCACAUUCUGAGUUUAGGAUAAUAAUGCUCAUGGUUUUUGACAGGUCUGAUCCUCAAAGUCUGUCUCGACCCCCUUCUGCUCAAUCACCUUUCCAAGCGAUGCACACGAUGGACGAGCAAGCAUUGGCCACAGUUCAAAACAGUGUGAGUGAAGGAUGUAAGACACCACGAUUACAUAAUCUGUCACUGUGACCUCCUUGAAUCCCAGCAGACAUAUCAUGUCGUCAGUCUGAUCUGGAGAUCUGUCGUCAGUGGCUAUAAAAUUUAACAACUGAAGUGGACAAAACAUAUAAGGAGAUUUGAAACUAAGCAGUAUCUUGACUAUCUUCUCUGAAAUCAAAGCAUUUAAGGUUUUCAAACUCAAAUAAUGAACCUUGACAUCACUGAUGUACCACUGUGGAACGCUACAGAUCACAAAGAGCAGCACUGCCAUUAAUUUCUGUCUCUUCAGGCACUUUUAAUAAUCAAUUGCAAGUUUAGGGACAGUCAGUGAGUACAAGUCAUUUGCUGAGUUCCAAACUUAUUCCAUUUCACAGUUAUUGAGGUCACUGUGCUCUUGAAACAGUCAAAGCUUUAGAAACAGCUGCAUAUCAAUGCACAGGUGCAUGCUUGGCUGAGAUGUCAUUCCAAAAGUAAACAGAGAAUUCCUUGGACUUCAUGGCUUUGUUUUUGUCCUCACUGGUGUGUGCCUUUCUUUUUCCAAUCAGUUUACCAAAUGUGGAGUCUAUUCACAUCUCAAGGAUUAUGAAUUUGACCACAAUGUGAACUGUAACAGCAAAGGGUCUGAACACCUUGUAUAUGACAGACUUCAGUUUUUGAUUUGUAAGAAAUGUGCAAAAAAGUUUCAUUAUAGACUACAAUUGUUGGAAAAAAAAUCCGGUUUUAUUCAUUUAAAAUUGAAUUAAUAAAAAAUCCUGGAGCACCUG